CAGUGCCCUCUGCAUGCUCUGACUGGGUGGAUCUACUGGACACAUCAAGGAUCUUCAUGUCAUAUGCACCCAGUCUGGUGGGUUUUUUUUGGAGAUACAACAACUCGCAGAAAUGUAAAAAAGUUGGUUUCAGUUUGGACAUAGACUUCUGUGACACCCAGGCUGGGACUUUGGGGUUAAUGUGCAGGUUCAACCGGACGCCCUGAUGAGAGUUCCAGUUUGCGCAUCGGCUGCCAUGGCUUACCAUCCUUUUCAGGGUCCCCAGCCUGCCUUUCCCGUGCCAACAUUUUUCCCCCCCGCUCAGCCUUCGUUCAUUCCUGCACUGAAUUUCCCAGAUGCCUCCCCCCUAACGGAGUCUCCUUCAGACCGUGCUGUCUGUGACACCAGGAUGCGCGCGGCUCUGAGGCGCGACCUGCAGCCGGUGUCCGCGCGCACCGUGAAGGGUUCACAACCGCAGGACGGACUGGAAGACGACCCCAAAGUCACUCUGGAGUCCAAGAAUUUAUGGAACGCAUUUCAUAAAAUGGGAACGGAGAUGGUUAUUACAAAAUCGGGAAGGAGGAUGUUUCCACCUUUCAAAGUGUGGGUAAAUGGGCUGCAUGAAACUGCAAAGUACAUCCUGCUAAUGGACAUUGUGGCUGUUGAUGACUGUCGCUAUAAGUUUUACAACUCCCGCUGGGUUGCAGCUGGUAAAGCUGACCCGGAGAUGCCAAAGCGCAUGUACAUCCAUCCAGACAGCCCAUCUAAAGGAGAGCAUUGGAUGUCCAAACCUGUUGCAUUUCAUAAACUCAAACUUACCAACAAUGUCUCCGAUAAGCAUGGCUUUACAAUUUUGAAUUCAAUGCAUAAAUACCAGCCCAGAUUUCACAUUGUGAAAGCCAACGACCUGUUGAAACUUCCUUACAGCACUUUCCGGACAUAUGUUUUCCCUGAGACCGAGUUUAUCGCCGUUACUGCUUAUCAGAAUGAACAGAUCACCCAACUAAAAAUUGACAACAAUCCCUUUGCCAAAGGAUUCAGAGACACAGGAAAUGGGCGAAGAGAAAAGAGGAAUAAACAGUCAACCAUUUCUUCCCUGUUGAUGAUUGGGGACCAGAGCAAAGCUGAUCAGGACUGUGCAGAGUCUGAUGACUCUUGUGAAAUACGUAGUACCAGUGAUAAGCUUUCACUGGAACUGGUGAGCAGCCGUCUCAUGACCAUCCCGACCAGUCAAGAUGAGAACAACAUUGGAAGUGAUUCUGAUGUUGACCUGGAAGAUGAGGACAACCCUGAUACCGGCUGUUCUAAAUCUGAACAUGCUUCUAAUUUGAGUUUGCAGAGUGACGACAUGCAAAACAAGUCUACUGCUUGUAAAAGCAAUGCUAAUCAGGACACAACAAAUAACAAAACAGUGUUGGGAACGUCAGAUGAUAAGUGCUUUGAGGUGAUGGAUUCUUCCAAAAAACCCUUGCAAGGAGUCAAAGACCAAGUUUCUCCAAUGAUGAUGCAAAUGCAGAGCUCAUCACCCCUUAGACCUGGGUACCAUAACACCUUAGCUUUAUCAAACACAGUCAACAGCCCACAGUUUCAUAUGUAUGGGUCACAUUUGUUGUUUCAUCCUGGACAACUAUCAGGAAAAACAGAAGCUUUUUCCACCACAUCUACGAUGCACCCGUUUUCGUCUUUACCUAGAGUAAAUCACCUAGAUAACGGAUGUCUAUCUUCUCAAAACCUCAUCUCUCCAUCUCCUGUCAUGUUUCACCUGUCGCAGCACACAUUGCCAUCACAGGGAAUCUCACCCUUUGGAGGAUUGUUCUCAUAUCCACAUUACAUGGCAGCACCAGUUGCAAUCGCUCCAGCUCUCCCUACCUCUUCGGCCACGUCAGCCCUGGUCCGACACCGCUCUUUCCACAGUUCUCGACCCUGGAUGCGAUACAGCCCUUAUCAUAUCCCCUCCUCUGUGACAUCCGGCCAAAGCCUGUGUAGAAACAGACUGAGUAAAGGUUCACAAUCAGACCUGUCCAAAUCAGACAGUGGAGAACCAAGUCCAGUGUCUGACCAUCAUAAAUAAACAAUAAUUAUAUGAAUCCAGGGCCAACCAGAGGACUGCUGCAAGCACAACUAGCACUAAGGGGUCAUAUGAACUGGAAAACAGAUGUCAUCUGAUUUGAGGACUUUACUAAAUACUUCUCCUCAACAGACUCUAUUUCAUGUUAUGUACAAAUGAAGUGGUAGAUAUGAUAAUGAACAGACACAAUUGUGUAUUAAAAUGAUGCAGAUAGCUUUACCAUGUAAAUAUUCUGCAAAUAAGAUUUUUCACAAAUAUCCAAAACCUUAUGUAUUUCAGUUGCCACACAUAUCAGGGGACUGUUAAUUUUGCCAAUAAUAAAUAAUUAAACUCUAUGCCACUUUUUUUUUUGACUGUGUAGCACUGUGAAUUAUUAAGAAAAAACUCAGGAUUUGUUUUCCACUAGCACUUAAAAAUACACUUUUAUUGGAAGUAAUUUUUUGCUGGUAUAAUCUGUUUUUUGAUUUUGUGAAUCUAUGUAUGUGUGAAUGUGUUUUUCACAGUUACAUAAAGAGGAUGUUAAGGUUUUGUUGCAGGUGUAUGUGUAUACUGGCAUGUUAGUGCUAUUGUUUACAUGUCAGACACAGAAUCAUAAGAUCCCCCACUAUCAAUGCUAUUUCAUCCCAAGUUGUACUUCACAAAAAUGCUAAAUUCAUAAUCUACAAUGAUGGUUCCCUGUAGUUAACAACAUCUAAACUUUGCACACAUGGCUGAAAAUAAGGAAAUUACUCCAGCUACUGCCUGCUUAACUUUUCUCUGUGUGUUAUACAUGAAAAUCUGCUGAGUAGUGUUCUCUUUCCU